AUGCCGACCCUCGCCGCUCCUGUCCUGUCCGCCGACGGCACUUCGGCGGACUCCGCCGCAGACGUACAGACGCAAAAGUUGAUUCCUCCAGCACGUGCAAAGACGUCCACUCCAAUCAUGGGACACCUUGCCUUCGAGAAACAGAAUGCCUCAUUCACCGCCGUCUUUGCAGAAACAGUUGUCCUCAUUAUUAUCGGUCUAGCAGCCAGCGAGGACCCCAACGAGGACCUUGCCGGGAACCGAGACUGGCACAAGGUGCGACAUGCAUGGUCGCUACUUGUUGAUAAACAUGCUAGCCCCAGUCGGACAUCGAGCGCAGACCCUAAAUUUUGAAGACGGGACUCCCAGGCGCCUAUCCACGAUCGAAGCGCCAUGAGCAGGCGAAGCCAGAUUCACGAAAUCCUCACACGAGCUCGCGGAGAGCUGUUCAACCGCCGGUAUGGGCUCGCUCCAACAUCCGGCCUCGCACCCUCGCAGAGGCAAACGCUCGGAUGCAACUGCUUCGAUGCGCAGGGUCAUGGACAUUACUGACAAUCCUGAGCGCAUCCGCAGUACCUUUUCGCGUUUUCUUGUACGUGGGCUGAAUGGCAUUCCGUCCGACUUCUUCGACAGACGCUUCUCAACAUUUGCAGACGCCGUAACAAUCCGCAUCACCUGGGCGAGUGUCCGCGGCUCUUCCUCCUCUUCAGCGAGUUCGUGACAUCCGUACUUUUUCCGCUGCUUCGAGACUUACACCGCAAUGUGCAUUCGGCGCUCUCGCUAUUCGCGGCUCCCUCCUCGUCUUUCGAGAGAGCUGCAUGCGCGCGAUCUCUCAGGAUGUCAAAACCUACCAGGGGCUCAUCAGUGA